AUGGUAAGGAACGACAAUGGAAUGGGAGAGAGCUUAGCGCCCAAGCAGCCUGCGCUAGUGCCGAGACAGAACAGGAGAGCAGCAGACAGUGCAGGCCGGGCCAGCCUGCAGGCGGUGGCUGCGGCGGCGCUGGUAGGGCAGACCCGGGCUCCGGAAGGCUCCAGGUCCGGGGGUGGCCGCCGGCCUUGGGCACAGUGCCGGCUUUCGCACCCCUCCCCACGACCGCGAGCAGUGGGCGGAGAGAUUAGAGCAAAGGAAAAGACGGACAAUGCCUGGCCGGGCCGGCGACCUCCGUGCGGCCCCCGCCGGCCCGUCCCUACUCGGGCGGCCAGCUACCGGGCUAAGUUUCCUAAGCCCUGCCUCCAGCCCCGGCGGCGAAAGCUCGGCCGCCGCCUUCCUCCCAGCCGGGCGGUUCCCGCGAGUCUGCGAGGAGGAGGCAGCGUGCGAGCCGAGCCGGGCGCGCAAGGAGGCGGCGCGCGAGAGCCCGACGGGCGCCCGGCGGUGCUGCGAGCUCUUCCCACCCCUUCCCUGCCCCGCCCACCCCUUCGCCUUCCUGAUUGGCGAGAAACCUACAACAGGAACAGGAGUCCCAGCCUUCCAGUGGCUGGACCAGACGCCCUUCAGACUCACCCCGCCUCCGUCCCGCCCCCUCCCCCUGGUUGGCACAACCUCUAAUCACUCUCUAUCGUCUCCCCUAACGUUGCUUUGGAGAACUGGCACUCAAAGCUCACCCUCCCGCCUCCGGAAAGCGAACUUUAUUUUUAUUGGCGAAAGCACACCUUCCUGUGCACCUGAUUGGGCAAGGAGGAGGCUAAUCGGCACGCCUCUUACCUAUUAUCACUCUCCCUUUACGGAUUUAAGAAAACCGCAAAGUCUUUCCUACUUUGCCUUCCAAGCGCCUUUCUCUUUAAAUGUUGCUAAAAGUAGAAGACAAUUUCGCAGCCUGUAUUAAGGGAAGCGGAAAAGAAGAAAGAGAAAGAUUAAAAAUGCUCUCCAGAUGGGUAGUACAUCGGAGCUGGGUCUGGCAUCCUGCGGAUCCUAAUCCUGUGGUCUGGUGCAUGGAGUGGUUACGUUGAGCUAAAGCACCUGAAAUUCUAAUAUUGACUCCUGAGAUCUACUCACAAGCUUUCACUCACCGUUCUCUCCAUUCACACCCUUAGUUUCUUUGGCAUUUCUCCACCCAGAAGAGCUUUAAUAAAGGCGUCUGCGAACCUGAA